AUGGAAUCGCCAUCGCCGGUCGCCGUGCCGACCCACCUCGUGACCUCCUGCGACUCGCCGGAAUUCUCACUCCUCCGAUGGGCGCUCCAGAGUUCCUCCAUCGUCGCCCUCGACGCUGAGUGGAAGCCCUCCCACCUGUCCUCCAGCCCCACCCCCGCGUCUCCGUCGUUCCCCGCCGUCACUCUCCUCCAGAUCGCCUGCCGCAUCGCACACCGCCCACCGUCCGAAUUCCCCGGAAGUGAUGAGUCACUGGUUUUCCUCGUUGACCUCCUCGCCGUCCCGUUCUGCUCAGUAUAUGAGCUUCUCAAGACUAUGUUUGUCGAUCCUAAUGUUUUGAAAUUAGGAUUUCGAUUCAAGCAGGACCUUCAGUAUCUCUCUUCUACUUUUUGCUCGCACGGAUGUGAUCCGGGCUUUGAUAGAGUGGAACCCUUUCUUGAUAUUACCACUGUGUAUCACCUUCUAAAAUGCCAGAUUGCGGGCAAAAGAUUUCCUAGGGAGACCAAAAGCUUGGCAACCAUAUGUGAAGAAAUUCUCAAUAUUUCUCUGUCCAAGGAACUCCAAGUCAGUGAUUGGUCAUUUCGUCCUUUAACUGAAGAGCAAAUAUCAUAUGCUGCAGCAGAUGCCUAUUUCUUGCUCGAAAUUUUUGCUGUCCUCAAACAUAAAUUUUUUGCAGAAGGACCUAAUGCUUCACAUUCUGCUGUUGGAUUGAAGGAGAAUAUGGAAAGUUCUGAACCUUCGGAUGAUGUUUUGGGAAUCAAAUUUUGCAAAGCAUCUGAUAUGAUCGAGUCAAGUGUACUAAAAUGUCAUCCAUCAAAAUGCCCUUCAAUAGCGGAGAUAUCUGGGCCUUCGCAUAAGAAUAUUCCUUCUUUAGAUGAACAUCUUUUAACUAUUAUCAGGAAGUAUGGUGAAAGAAUUAUUUUGACAGAGUCGGACAGGAAACCUAGGAACUCUAGACGUAAAGGAAAGCAACUGUCAUCAAUGAGUGUGAAGUCCAAAAAGCACUUGGAAAUUAAUGGGAAUUGGCAGGGUUUGGCACCAUGGGAUUCAUCUGUUGGUGGUGAUGGAUGCCCAAAAUUUCUGUGUGAUAUUAUGGUGGAAGGAUUGGCAAAGCACCUGCGGUGUGUUGGGAUUGAUGCUGCCAUCCCACCUUCUAAAAAGCCUGAUCCAAGGCACUUACUAGAUCAAGCAUACAAAGAGAAGAGAGUAAUUUUGACAAGAGAUUCUAAGCUCUUGAAGCAUCAGUACUUGAUACAGGAUCAAAUUUAUUUGGUGAAGAGUUUACUUAAGAAUGACCAAUUACUAGAGGUGAUUGAAACCUUUCAGUUGAAGAUUACCGAGGAACAACUUAUGUCAAGGUGUACAAAAUGUAACGGGAGGUUCAUUCAAAAGCCGUUAACAAUGGAGGAAGCUAUUGCAGCUUCAAAAGGUUUCCAAGUAAUUCCUAACUGCCUCUUCAACCGUGCCAUUGAAUUUUGGCAAUGCACCGACUGCAAACAACUUUACUGGGAGGUAUUCCUGCGGAUUUGCCAACUUCAUCUGAUUGCAUUUUAUUUGAUAUUAUUAUUUUAUUUGCUUUUCCCCUCUUACUUGAAGACUCAAUCAAUUACCACCAUAGACCAGAAAACAGGUUUUUUUUCUCGAAAUUUAUACCUACCAGUUGAAUUAUCGGUUCUCUGAGUUAUUAUUUAUUUAAUGGUGGUACUAUUUUUGUUUAAUUUCUACGUUCAAGCUUGGCGUCUUGAAUGGACUCUACUAUCUUAAAUCAGAAAUUGGAAUUAUCACCUACUUCUUGUAUUAUCAAAUGAAUGACCAUUUUGUUCGAGUCGUAAUUUUUUAUUUAUAACUUCGGCAUAAAGAAAUUCUCUUGUUAAGCCGUAACUUUAACACGCUG